CGUUUCAAUUUUUAAUUGUAACAUGUGGCCAAGUUCAUUAUCCAUUCUUGACAGAUUGUAUCGAAGUUUACAAUUAAAAGAUAUCAACUGUAAUACAAUUCCAAUUAUUUAUUAGAAAAAUGUCAUUGAAAUCGAAAAAAGCAUUAGAGGCUCAAUCUAUGAUACAUCAUCCUGAUCCGAUACAAUCCGUUCUGUGGCCACAAUGGCUGGAUUCUGAGUUAAACACAGAGAAGUGGGAGAGUCCAAAAAAUGGUCCAGAUGGAAAAUUUCAAGACACGCAACCGGUGAUAAUGCCAGCAUCCUUGAAACCGCAUGCCUGGGAAAGAGCAACAAAAUUGACAGGAUUAACAGAUGCGCCAGUCGUCUACGUACCCACAGUGGAUUUUCCAGACUUUAUUGAGAAUAACAAGCAUAUCCUUCAUAGCGAAGUAUCCACAAGUUUAUCGUGACUUACUACUUAUAGUUUUAUAAUAAUAUGUA